CUCUCGAAUGGUUCAUGCUAUAAACACUUCCGCAUGGGUCAUCGGACCAACAACAACCCUUCUUUGGUUUCUAUUUUUUUUCGGUUUAGAAUUUUCGGAGAUUUUUCUUCGCGGGUUUUUGUGUUUUAUGAAGAUAAAUUUUAACAGAUUGAAUCUGUUUUAUUUUUAAGAAAUUUUGAUUUAAGAAGAAAAUUGGAUUUAACAAUGUGAGAAGUUUCAAUUAAAUAUGUGGUUUUUUUAAAUACAUAGAUCUUAUGUGAAUGAAAAUGAAGAUGGUAAAGUGAAAAUAUAUUUAAAUAACUGAUCCAUCCAAUCCGUCCUCAUGAUUGAACCAACAAACAAGAAUGGACCUAAUAAAAUCUUAUUACAACCGCUACCAGCCCUCUUGGUCCGACCAGUUCCCUGCUACAUCAUUCUUCCCUCAAAUAGAUCCGGAAAAAAUCGACGUACGCCAAGCUGUUACAACACAUCGGCAAAAAGAAGUCGAAGAAAUUUACGAUAUAAACACUUACGAUAGUUUCGUAUCCACCAACAGCGAUUUUCUGGACCUGAGCUCGUUAACGGAAGAAGAAAAAGCCCAUUAUAGCAAUUUUAACUUUUUCACGUUGAAAAGAAGUGAGUUUAACAACCAGCAUGAAAAAAGAACUACCGUGGUACUCAAUCAGGACAGGAAGAGUUGCAGAGGUCGCCGAAAAAUUAUAGUUCGAGAUCGUCCCACCUCACCUACAAUAAUGAAGAAAAGAAGACUGGCGGCGAACGCUAGAGAGAGAAGAAGAAUGAAUGGCUUGAACGAAGCUUUCGAUAGAUUAAGAGAAGUCAUACCUAGUCUAGAUGCCGAGCACAAACUUAGCAAAUUCGAAACGUUGCAAAUGGCACAAACUUAUAUAUCUGCUUUAAGAGAGUUACUUGAAAGAAGUAACAUAGAUAGAUAACAGUGAUUUUCUAUUUAUAUUUCAGUCAUAAUAGUUUAUAUUAUAUUAUGUCAUAUUUCACGUAUGUACAAUUAUUUUUUGUAAAUAAAGUUAUG